AUAAAAAAAGAAGAAAGAAUUCCAGAGGUGCGCAGGCAUUAGCAGUGUAUGUGCACAGUAAACAGGUGCAGCAGCAGCAGCAGCAGCUAGCAGCAUAAAAUAAAAACACUCCUGCCCUGCCCCCCCAUUCUCGAUUUCCGAGCUCUCUCUCUCUCUCUCUAACUUUCUCUCUCUAGCUUUCUCUCUCACCUACAGAUACACACACAUACAUACUGUGAUGAUCGCAAUAUCUCUCUCUUGACAUAUUCCAUUUUUAGUUUUUUGGAGGAUUAGAGAGAGAAAAAAAAUGGCUAUGGUGGCGCAGCAGCAGCAUCACAGAGAGAACAGCGGCGGUAGCCUGAGUAAGCAUCUGGACGCCGCCGGAAAGUACGUCCGGUACACGGCGGAGCAAGUGGAGGCUCUAGAGAGGGUGUACGUUGAGUGCCCUAAACCUAGCUCACUCCGCCGCCAACAACUCAUCCGUGAAUGCCCUAUUCUCUCCAACAUUGAGCCCAAACAGAUCAAAGUUUGGUUCCAGAACCGCCGGUGUCGAGAGAAACAGAGAAAAGAAUCGACGAGAUUACAGAGUGUGAACAGGAAAUUGAACGCCAUGAACAAGCUUCUAAUGGAGGAAAACGACCGCCUUCAGAAACAGGUUUCCCAACUCGUCUGCGAAAAUGGGUUCAUGAAACAACACUUGCACAGCGCAACGGGACCGACUGCCGUUGAUGCGAGUUGCGAGUCGGCGGUCACAACCCCUCGGCAUUCCCUCGGAGAUGCUAGUAAUCCUGCUGGACUCCUCUCAAUUGCAGAGGAAACCUUGGCAGAGUUCCUUUCAAAGGCUACAGGAACCGCUGUCGAUUGGGUUCAAAUGCCUGGAAUGAAGCCUGGUCCGGGUUCGGUUGGGAUCUUUGCCAUUUCGCAGAGUUGUAGUGGAGUGGCGGCUCGAGCGUGCGGUCUUGUUGGUUUAGAACCUAUAAAGAUUGCAGAGAUCCUUAAAGAUCGUUCGUCUUGGUUCCGUGACUGUCGGAGCCUCGAGGUUUUCACUAUGUUUCCUGCUGGAAACGGAGGAACAAUAGAAAUGUUGUACACACAGACAUAUGCCCCAACUACUUUAGCUCCUGCUCGUGAUUUUUGGACACUGAGAUACACAACCACCAUGGAAAACGGCAGUCUUGUGAUAUGCGAGAGGUCUCUUUCGGGGACUGGAGCAGGCCCGAACGCAGCUGCGGCUUCACAGUUUGUGAGAGCCGAAAUGCUUCCGUCCGGAUAUUUGAUCCGCCCGUGUGAUGGCGGAGGAUCCAUUAUUCACAUCGUAGAUCACCUUAAUCUCGAGGCCUGGAACGUUCCGGAAGUUCUCCGGCCACUCUACGAAUCUUCAAAAGUAGUCGCACAAAGAACAACUAUUGCUGCACUAAAAUAUAUCCGACAAAUAGCUCAAGAAACGAGCGGUGAGGUUGUAUAUGGCCUCGGAAGGCAACCAGCUGUUCUUCGAACUUUCAGCCAAAAAUUAAGCAGAGGCUUUAAUGAUGCUAUUAAUGGAUUCAACGAUGAUGGGUGGUCGUUAUUAAACUGCAACGAUAAUGCUGAAGAUGUAAUAAUUGCCGUCACUUCAGCUAAGAAUCUAACAAGUAGUUCAAAUACUAUUCCUAUGGUUGGAGGAGGGAUUCUCUGUGCGAAAGCAUCUAUGCUACUUCAGAAUGUUCCUCCAGCUGUGCUAGUUCGUUUCCUGAGGGAGCAUCGAUCGGAGUGGGCAGAUUUUAAUGUGGAUGCAUAUGCUGCUGCGUCUUUGAAAAGCACGUACGCGUACCCUGGCAUGAGGGACCACACUAGAUUUACGGGGAGUCAAAUUAUCAUGCCGCUUGGUCAAACAAUUGAAUAUGAAGAGAUGCUUGAAGUUAUUCGUUUAGAAGGGCAUUCGCUCAGCCACGAAGAUGCUUUUAUGCCGAGGGACAUUCAUCUUCUACAGUUGUGCACUGGAAUCGACGAGAGUGCAGUAGGAGCUUGCUCCGAGCUCAUUUUUGCACCGAUCGAUGAAAUGUUUCCUGACGACGCACAGUUGCUGCCUUCCGGUUUUCGUAUAAUCCCACUAGAUUCAAAACCAGUUGACUUGCAGGACUCACUGACUUCUCAUCACAAGACACUCGAUCUGACCUCGAGUCUCGAGGUGGGCCCCACGGUAGGAAAUAACAACGGGAAAAAUGCAGCGUACAGUGGGAGAUCGAUACUGACUAUUGCUUUCCAGUUCCCGUUCGAGAGCAGUUUACAGGAUAAUGUUGCUACGAUGGCCCGUCAGUACGUGAGGAGUGUGGUUUCUUCGGUCCAGAGGGUUGCAAUGGCUAUUUCCCCGUCGGAAACGGGCCCCGUUGUUGGGCCCAAGAUAUCUCCGGCCUCUCCCGAAGCCCUAACGCUCGCACAUUGGAUCUGCCAGAGCUAUAGCUACUAUGUCGGGAGUGAGUUGCUCAGAAGUACUGACAGUGCUAGUGGUGAAGGAUUGCUAAAAUCACUCUGGCAACACCAAGAUGCCAUUUUAUGCUGCUCGUUGAAGGCUGUGCCCGUUUUCACAUUCGCAAACCAGGCUGGAUUAGAUAUGCUGGAGACUACUCUCGUCUCUUUGCAAGAUAUCCCUUUAGAGAAGAUAUUCGACGAUUGUGGUAGAAAGGCUUUGUUUUCAGAAUUUGCUAAGAUUAUGCAACAGGGAUUUGCUCAGUUGCCGGGUGGUAUAUGCAUGUCGAUAAUGGGGCGUCACAUUUCGUACGAACAAGCCUUCGUGUGGAAAGUUUUUGCCGCAGAAGACGAAACCACAGUGCACUGCUUAGCCUUCUCGUUUGUGAAUUGGUCCUUUGUGUAACUUUUGUAGGCAAUAUUUCUUUUUUGGUCAAUUUAAUUUCAAAUAUACUGAUGUUUUUUUUUCAAAUUUAUUUUUUUAAAUAUUUGUAGUGUAAUAAGUAAACACUGAUUAAGUAAACAAUAUUGGAAAGUAAACACUGAUUAAGAAGCAGGUGGUGAGCACUGCGGCCUUUCCGUAUUCAAAAAGACGACGCACGUGACUAGAUCGA